AUGUCAUUAAAAAAUGAAAUUCAGAAUAAUGAAUGUCAUAAAUUGACACAUAGGAUUAUAAUUUUGACGACGCAUGUGGCUCAGUUUGUAAUGACCCUACUUGCUGUGCCAGCGGUCGUGGGUUCGAGUCCCGUUGGGGGCAUUCAUUUGUGUGAUGAGCACCAGUCACAGACCACUCUACCCUCCAAACGACGCCUACUAUCACUUAAGAUGGUUUACACUCGUCCUUCAUCUUUGCCAAUACCAACUAUCUGGCAUAGAUUCACUACCAGGGGAACGAAACUACGAGUCCAGGAUAUGACAGAAGAUCAGGUGGAACCUGCUGUCCAGCUCCUGGCUAAAUAUUUUAUGGCUGAUGAGCCCCCUUGCAAGUAUAUAGAAAUACACAAAUAUCCAUCUGCUCAAGCGGAACUAGAGAAGCUAUGGCGAGAUACUAUCAAAGAUAAAUUGUCGAUAGUUUGUGUGGAAGACACAGACAGACCUACAGACAUCAUUGGUGUGAAUAUCCUAACUGUUGCUAGUAAACAUGACAAAGAAGAAAUAUUUAAGUCAGAAGAUAAAAUCUGGGCAAAACUCUUCGGCGCGGUGGACCUAGUCUCGCGUAGUGUAGACGUGUAUAGCAGGUUCGAUGUCGAGCAGUACCUCACUGCAUAUGGACUGGUUGUAGAUCCGAAAUGGCGGGGACGUGGGAUUGGAAAAGAGAUAUUAUUAGCUAGACCAAAACAUAUAUUUACAUCAUUAAUCGAACCCGCGAUCUCCGAUAUAAACACUGAACCACACGGUCUUAAUAAUAAAAUUUCAAUAAACUCGCCAAUGAGAUUCCAUUGUGGUGGAAAUGAAGGAGAUCCGUCG